CGGGUUGGACUCGGUGGUGCUGUGAGGGCUAGAGCGCUCCAUCGGGCAGCGCCGCUCGUGCUGGGCUAUCGCUGGUGGUGGAGGACUGACGUGACUCCUGAGCAGGAGGAGAAAUGGCGGAGGCGGCGGCGGCUGUGUCUCAGCAUCGGUUUUUCUGUCAUCAUUGUAAGGGGGAGGUGAACCCCAAGUUACCGGAGUACAUUUGCCCAAGGUGUGACUCUGGUUUCAUUGAAGAGGUGACCGAGGACUCCAGUUUUCUAGAUUCUGGAGCGAGCUCGUUAGACGACAAUGGGUCAACGCACUUUGCAGACCUUUGGGACCAUCUAGACCACACAAUGUUCUUUCCAGACUUCCGACAGUUCCUAAACACCAGCUCUUUGGACCAAGAUGGCCGAGACCACGAGCGGGGUCACCAGGCUCACGCAGACCUGAGAGUGACCCGUCGGCCACCCAGGCAGCCGAUGACGAGGUACCGAUCCCGUGCUAGUUCACGUCCUGACCGAUCUCCGGCUAUUGAAGGUAUUAUCCAGCAAAUCUUUGCAGGAGUAUUUGCAAACCCUCCUCUACCAGGUUCCCCACAUCCCUUUUCAUGGAGUGGGAUGUUACAUUCGAACCCCGGAGAUUAUGCUUGGGGUCAGAGCGGCCUGGAUUCAAUAGUCACUCAGCUUUUGGGUCAACUCGAAAACACCGGCCCCCCUCCCGCAGAUAAAGACAAGAUCUCAUCGCUUCCGACUGUCACUGUAACUCAGGAGCAAGUGGAUAUGGGCUUGGAGUGCCCGGUAUGUAAAGAUGAUUAUGCUGUAGAGGAACAAGUCAGACAGUUACCCUGCAACCAUUUUUUCCACGGAGACUGUAUUGUGCCUUGGCUCGAAUUGCAUGAUACGUGUCCCGUGUGCAGAAAGAGUUUAAACGGAGAGGACUCGACACGACAAACACCUGGCUCUGAGGCAUCAUCUAGCAACAACUUUAGCAGUGACAGCCAACUGCAUGACCGAUGGACCUUCUGAAACCCCCUAGUUGGCUUUUCCUGCAGCUCCUGUGCCGCAGCCUGUAAAUUGUGCGAGGGAAGGUAGCCGGAAGGGGUUGGAGGAUGCCAGCAGCCGCCACCACAUUAUGUGCUGCAUCUCUCCCCGAUCUAAACUAGCAUCCAUGUAAUAAAGACCUCUAACAGCCAAUCGUUGCUUUGCUCUGAAUACAUCUCCUCUGUCUGUCCCCUCCGCAAGCAACGAUCACCCCUCUUGAGCCAUGAAAAUAAACGAAAUGGCGUUCAACACCUAUACCCACCCAUCGUUCUGCCUUGCAAAUUUUAAAGACUCAUGAUGUUGCUGUUGAAUGGCAGGUGGAAACAUUCACACCACCCAUCCUUAUUAUGAACAUGAUAAAAAUAUAUAUAUUGACCGUAAUGCCUAAAGAUGGUGGCACUGCAUUGGUGGUGUUAUCAAUCUGAACCAUCGUAUCAAAGACUAUAACGGAAGGAGUGGUUCCUUAUGGCUGGGAAAGUGAGACAACCCAAUGAACUAGUCGUGUCCACUCACUACAGCGAGCAGAAGGAUUCGUUAUAUUCAGAGCUAUUCGUCUAGAAAUUAUAUGUUAGAAUGUUUGGGGGAGCAGUAUCAUGUAAGGUUCCUAAUUGGUUUCAUCUCAUGAAUUUUGACUCAGCGAUCAGAGGACAUAACCUCCCAUGCGCACCUCUCAUCAUACCUCUCCCAUAUUGGAAAAGAAAAAAUACAAGCAGACUUUAGUGAUUCAUUUUUCAUUGAAAUAUUUUUUAUUUUUUUUGCAUUUAAUUUUGCCCUGUUUGUUUCAUAUUUAACUUUUUUUUUUCUUUCUCUCUCAUUUGGUUCUAUGUGUAUUGAUAACAUUAAAUCAUAUAUAUAUGUUUGCCAGAUUACCUACAUUUGUUAGAAAAGACUGGUAUUUGUAAAUUAAGAUAAAUUUGUUCAGAUACCCAA